AUGGCGGUUGUGACGACACUGGCCCUUUUGGUUGCCAUUGGGUCUAUGCUAGCAAACAAACUGCGAAAGAGAGCAGCCCAGUCCGCGUCUAAUGUCGAGGAUUCAAAUCCAAUGUCGUCAGAAGCCGGUUCCACUACUAGCCCAAAUCUUGCGGAGGAAGGAAAAGCUUUGGCAAACAGUCAUCCAAACGAGGAGGCUGGGAAAGAAGUCGGACGUGAUCAGAAGGGGUACGGGACUUUGGGGGCAUAA